GCCUCGCCUCUUGGCCCGGCUGGCUCUGGUUUCCUUCACGUUCCCAGCCUCCAAAUUGGCAUCCGCCCCAUGGCUCGUGUAGGACGCUAAGAGCACGGUAAAUCCCAGGGCGAUUUCCAGAAGCCCCCCUAGCCGCAUGAUGCCGAGCGGCCGCCGGCUCCCGCCGCCUCCUGCCGCACCCGAGGCUGUGUCUCGGGUAGCCGCUGCGCCCUUAAGCGCACCGCGCCGCCGGGGUCCCGCUGUCCCGCCGCCCGUCCCCCGGGCCGGGCUCCUCCCGCCUUCUCCAGGCGCUGCUCCCACUUCAGGAGGCCCUUGCCAGCUGCAACAGAGAGACAAAUCCCCGAAGCGGGGAAGAGAUUCAGGGCAUCGGGAUGCUGAAGCCUCGCGGUCCCAUUCCCGAGCCCAACCCGCGCUCCGCCUGCGCGUGGCGCAGUUAAUUUGGAUUCAUGAAUUAAAGCCUUGAUCACACUCCCUCACUUGAGAGUGAAGUAGAUCAUUCAUUCAAGAUGUAUUUACUGAGCAUCAACCUUCUACCACCAGGUGCAAGGAGGAACCAGACUUACUGACAUUGCCCUGAGAUGGCCAUGCGUCAAGAUGUCCAGGAUAAAAGGACAUAUGAAGACAGACCCAGCUGUCCCAACUCAGUGAAGACUCUCACCAAGCCUCCAGCUACACAGAGCCACGUAUGCAAGCCCAGAAGAUCAACAGAACUGCCCAGUCAACCCACAGAAUAAACAUCAUUGUUGCUUUAAGUCACUCAAUUAUUAGAGCAACUGAAAUUAUUAGAGGGCAAGAAUAGGUAACUAUUUCAAAUUUUCUGAGAGAAAAAAAUUGUCACAAAAAAAUAACAAUUGUUAUAGAUGAACAAACACAUUCAGAAGGGUUAAGAAAUUUGUUCAGAUUUACAAAAUCAGUAGGAGAGGCAGAGCUGGGAUCAAGGGCACUUUUCAUUUCAUCACUGCUACUUCAUCUGUGACCACAAAGUCUAAGUCAAGGUCUAGGACAGAUGUAACUUGGAGAUACUCCCAGUACUGGCAACACUUUUACUUUGUUCUUCAGGGAAGAUACAAUUCCAUCCCUCUAGCCUCAUCGCUAUCUAAAUCUUUAUUCUAUCCUACUUAGGAGUUCCAUUUAUUUCAUGUUGCAGUCACCACGCUCUCCCCAGGGAUCACAAGAGCUUCCAUAGUCAACUUACCUGCCUCUUUCCUUCAGUAUCUAGUUCCCAAUCACAUUCUCGUUCCUGAGGACAAUUCUUCAUACACAGCCAGUGCUCAAUAAAUAUUAAAUGAAUGAACAAAUGGAUGAAUAAACUUCCUAUAUAGAUGGUGAUAUGAUGAGAACUUUAAAAUCUUACCCAUUCUUCUUACUCAUCCUCUGUGUUAAAGACCUACUCCUGUCCAACCACUGACAAAGCCUUAGUGUGUCAUA